AUGGGAAUAGUCAAAGAGCUUGCCGAACUCACUCAUCAUACUGAUCAUAUCAGCCUUGACCCCUCCCCAGAGCCUGCGGACCCCAGAUUGAUCUCUGAAUUCUCACCUCCCGUAUCCAUUUACUUGGGUCGUAUUUAUAAAACCCUAACAGAGUCGAGAAAGACCGAUUUUCUUCGGGACGUGCAACAUGCAUCCCAAGAUGCGGAUCCCAGUGGUCAGGGGCUGGCGGAUCCUCUCGCCUCCCUGGAAACAUUCUCUGCGUACAUGUCUAGUCCAGCGUCGUCUGCAGUAGGCCCCCCAAAAAGGCAGGAUCUUUCUUCGCCAAUUGCGGACUAUUUCAUCUCUUCGAGUCACAAUACCUACCUGAGCGGCAACCAGCUGUACAGCGACUCAACUGCGAGCGCUUAUACCAGUGCUCUCCUCAGUGGUUGCAGAUGCGUCGAAAUCGACAUCUGGGACGGUAAAGCCGACGAUGAGGAUGACACUAGCGGUAGCAGUAGCAGUGACGAAUCCGACUCCGAAGAAGAAAAGAAAUUCGCUCGGCGUAAGAAGCAAGACAAACCAAAGACAGAAAAAAUCUCCCGCAUGAAAUCAGUUUCGUCAAAAUUGGGAGGCUUGCUUGGGCGUAAGUCGUCCGGCAACAACACGCCUACCCCCAAAGAAACUGGCGAGACUGCCGAUGCUGUAAUUCCGGUGCCGCCACGUCCGGAGCCUAAAGUGCUUCAUGGUCAUACACUGACCAAGGAGAUAACGUUCCGGGACGCAUGCCAUGCCAUCCGGGAUAGUGCCUUCGUGUCGACCGACCUCCCGGUUAUUGUGAGUCUGGAAGUGCAUGCAUCACUCGAGCAGCAGGUCACAAUGGUGGAGAUCAUGGAGGAGAUUUGGAAGGGGAUGCUGGUGGAAGUCACGCCCGAAAUCGAAGCCACCAACAGCCUUCCACCGCUUGAGGCUCUGAAACGGAAGAUCCUGAUCAAGGUAAAGUAUGUGGCUCCAACGAGCCAAGGAGAGGAGGAUGACACGGCGGAUGAUCGCACGGACGAGCUCGAACCCUCGAGCCAACAACAAGCCAGCCAGGGUGAACCCAAUAGCUUAGCUACCACCAGCGAUCCCUCCGCCCCACCACCUAAAAAGCCCUCGAAGAUCUUACACUCUCUCAGCAAGUUGGCCGUUUUCACCAAAGGAUUCCACUUCAGCCACUUUACGCAACCAGAGGCCAAGGUCCCGGGACACGUGUUUUCCCUCUCAGAGAAUGCGGCCCGGGCAGCAUAUGCGAAGGAGCGGGACGCGCUCUUUGAGCACAACCGUCACCACUUCAUGAGAGUCUAUCCGUACGGGCUGCGCGUAACGUCCUCCAAUUACGACCCGACCCCCUUCUGGCGCUGUGGCGCCCAGAUAGUUGCGCUGAACUGGCAGAGCCUAGACAAGGCAAUGAUGCUCAAUCAUGCCAUGUUUGCCGGUGAGCAAGGCUGGGUCCUCAAACCGCAGGGCUAUCGCGGAUCCGACCCCCCCGGCGGGGCGACCAUCGUUCGUAGCCAGCUCGAUCUGACAAUUGAGGUCCUCGCGGGCCAAGGAAUUCCGCUGCCCCCUGGCGACACUAGGGAAAAGGGGUUCCAUCCCUACGUGAGCUGCUCGUUGCACGUCGAGACGCCACCGGAUGAGGAAUCCGGAUCAGCCAGCGCAGACGAUAGUACCGAUUCUGAAGAGACUAGCUACAAGCGGACCACCAAGAGCGACUCGGGAUCUCACCCGGACUUUGGCGGCCAGAAGCUCCAAUUCCCGACGUUGUCGGGAAUGAUCGAGGAAUUGACCUUUGUCAGGUUCAAAGUCAAAGACGACGAAUUCGGCCGCGACUCCAUGGCCGCUUGGGCAUGUAUCAAAAUCGACCGACUCCAGGCGGGUUACCGCUUAAUCCAUCUCUUUGACUGCUCAGGAUGUCCAUCUGGCGGUGUCCUUCUUGUCCACAUCAGCAAGGAAAUCUCCUAG